AUGGCCGCCAUUCGCUGGGAAGGCCCGCUUCCCGUCUACGAUGGGUUCAUUCCGUUGGAACCUUGGGGCCAAACUGUCCCACCCCUAGGAUGCGUUCCCAGGCGGGAUGCUCUCACGCCCGCCAGUACUCAUCCUGCCCCCCAAGCGGAAACUACCCAUUUGUGCCACCCAACACCCCCAACCCACCCGGCCAACUCUACCCAUUCGGCCUGUCCCAGCGGCAAUGCGUCGCCUCCCGGUCAGUCUGGACCUCGGGCUGAGCUGCGCCACCGCUCCAAGCGGCUGCGAGCCUGCAAGAAGUCCGGCUACCCGGAACACUAUCUCUUGAUGUACAAAUCGGCGGCUGGUGUCAUGAAGGCUUUCCUGGAGACCGAUGUCGACGGGGAAGUGACGCACCGUCGCGUGCAGGGCCCGGAGCUUAUGGCAUUUCUCAGGUCUCCUCUCAUGGACGAUGAGCGCCGCGUCGUCGCCAUGCCCUCGGUUGACGUUGAGGUCCGCGUCCUGGCUGCCGAUCGUGCGUCGGUCCAUUUUCUCUUCGCCCGCAUCAUCCGCCGGGAGUCGUACUUUCGUGCGCUCCUUGUUCAAUCGCGCGGUACACGCGUGCGCCCGUGCCCGGAGAAGUGCGGCAAUCCAAACGCGUCUCCCAAGUUCCGGCAUUGCGUACGCGUCCCCUCAUUCCAGGGCGGCGCCUAUGCCGAGUGCGUCUGGCAGUCGCACGGAUCUCGCUGCUCUCAUUCCAACGAGGGCUCAAUGUCCGCCUGGGAUUCGGGCGGUAGUUCAGCCGGUGGUUCUCCUCGCGCUGGUCCUAGCCAGCGUGUUCUUCCUCCGUCUAGUUCGGGCUCGCGUCUGAACCCUUUUCUGCUUGAGGAGUAG